AUGGCAUGCGAGCUGAACAUUGACGACCUGAACGCCGCGGAACGCAAGAAGUUUGACGGCUACGAGAUCUACAAGGAGACCAAACUGGCGAACGCCCUUUUCGCCAAGGAGCUCAGCGAGAGGCUCAAAGAUACGAACAUCACGGUGAACGUGGCCGGACCCAGGGCGGACAAAGACGGAACUGUCACGGAAAAUGGACGACGAGGUCUUCUUCCCGUCACGAUGGAUUCUCGGUUUCGUCAGUUUCUGCAUGGGCGAGCGGAAGAGAUGGAGGGGAAGACUGGCGAUUUUAUUAAUCGUGAGCGCAAGGAGCAGCCGUGGAACGAGACGGUGCUCGACGUCGCCAAGAGACAGCGACUGUGGGCGACGAGUGAGGCGUGGACACGACUCCCCACCCAGAUGGCCCUCCUCAGGAAUGAACUCGGCGAACCGCUGGAUACGGCCUCUUCCCCCUCAUCGGGCGCCAAAUCGGGUAAAUCGUGGUGGCGACUGCUCUGG